AACGAGAAGAGGUAUUCCACCAAGGUUUGUUAAAUAUAUUUACGCCAGGUUUUAAGAAACUCAAAAAUAGCAUCAUUGUACUAGGCUUCCUCAGGUAAAUUUUCUAUCCCAGCUACGAUAAUAAAUCAUUAGCUCCUGGAAGCUAACGCUACGACGGGACACUGUAAAUGCCGACUAACUAGCCACAAGGCUAAAGUUAGCCAGUUGGAAUAAUUCAGGUUACAAUAAAUCUUUUGUUAGCUGCGCUUCUGAAUAUUGAUCUAGCGGUAAAUAUAUCCGGCAAAUUAAGAAUGCUUUACAAGUUGGUGCAAACUAUGUUUGGUAUUUUCUCAUACAAGGUUUGGUUCUGUUACCUACGGCUAACAUCACUGAGGCUAUUCAUGUCAAAACGUAAACAAAAGCUUGUUUAGCUAACGUCUAAAUGUGUUUAUUUUUUCUGGCAACCACCUUGCCUUAUAACUAAGGGAGAUAUUUCACUUCUACAGCAACGAUUUUUCUUAUAUAGUGGCAAAACUUACCUUUGGUUAUCAGAUUAUUAUAUUUAAUUGUGAAUGUCAGUAAAAGGCUAGCAAACAAAUGUUUCGCUGGCGAGUAGCCAUCAGCUAAGGGCAUCAGACAGUUAUGGGUGUUAGCUUAGUUGUAACCGCGUCUUUGUUUACCAUUGAAAAAUACCUAUUGGAUCAUGUGGGAGUCCCAGUGCUGUCAUUGUUGAGUAUUGCGGGAUAUUACCAGAGGAAUGUGAACUUUUUGAUCCAUCAGAUCCACUCACCAGAGGAGCGAGGAGCGAGUACAGACUGCAAACAGAAUGACCAGCUCAUCUGCUCCCAGGAUGGUGAAUAGUUACAAGAGGACUUCAAGCCCCCGAUCCCCAACUAACAGUGGGGAGCUCUUUACCCCCGCACAUGAGGAGAAUGUGCGCUUCAUACAUGAUACCUGGCAGUGUGUGCUCAGAGACAUCAGAUCAACACAAAACAGUGAACGUAAUGACCGUGGACCACAGGAGUACGUGGAGAAGAACCCUAACCCUAACUUACAUUCUUUCACACCAGUGGACCUGAGUGACCUAAAAAAACGUAACACACAGGACUCCAAGAAAUCUUAGUGUUUUCCGUGAAGAUCAGAUUUCAUUUUUUCCACCCAUUAUCCACAAGAACUUUUCAUCCAUCGCCCCUUUGUCAGCCAGAAAGUUUACCCUGUUGGCCAGUUACAUACAGAAUGCAAGUCUCAUUUCUGUACUCUGGAAUAUAAUAGCUCCUUUAUUGUUUUUUUCUUUUUUAUUAUUUGUUUUUACAACUGACUAAAAGGAAAAAAUGGGAUUUCAAGGAGCACAAAUUCUGCCCUCUAUUUUUCAUGCUUUUCAGUUCAAAGAAUCUUCAUACUUACAUUCGUGACGUGGACAGGACUGAUGCAGGCAGUCAUGAGAAUUUGCUGACACCUGUUGCUGAAGCUCCACACAGGACACAGAAGACUGCAGUCUUAAACACAAUAUUAAAUGACUUUGGAGGAAAUUACGAAAAGGCUGACUUCUAUUUUUGUUUUGUUUUUGGAAAAUAGAUAGAAGUAAUUGAUCGCUAACAUUGGAUACCCCGUUCAGGAGCAAGGUUUAAAAGCCAAAAUACAAUGUAGAAAGCCAACAUUUUUAUCAUACGUUUCCUUGCCCUCUGAUGGACUUUAUUAAUUAGAGUAUGCAAGUACGGAGCCCUACGUUAAACCCCUUCCUCUAAGCCUUGAAACAAAAUGUUGAAUAAAAGACUUUUACAGAACUGCUUGGAAUAUGCCUUGGUUAAUAUUAAUUGUAAUGAUUUUGACAUCACU